GCAAUCUCUGUCAUUAUGACCAGUAUACGUCUACUGGUUAUCUAAAUCAAUAAUUACAAAUAAUUAAAGUUCAAAAUUCCACUUGAAUUUAAUAAACUCUCCGCUCAUUACUUUACUCAAAAUUACAUUUCAAGGUCCAUACCAUGGAGUCAAAGGAUAAAGACAAAGUGAAAUAUUCAGCAACCAACCAAAAACAUUCGGAUAACAUGAAAACCAUUAAAUCAAACAUAAAGAAAAAGGCAAACUUACCCAAGAAAACUGCAGGUUCUUUAACUCCUUUGAAGCUGUCCUUUGUAAAAAGUGAAAUUCCAAAAACCAGCACCGAAGCCAGCGACUCGAUUUCAAGUUUGCGCUCGAAGUCUCAAAUGCAACUAGGAUCAGAUCCAGAGGAACCUAUAGAAAAAAGUUCAAUAAAUAAAAGCGAAGAAGGGUCCAACGCAAAACAAUGUGCUGCAGGGUCGAAGGUCUCUGCUAAAAGUGCAAAUCCUAUCAUAUCCCCCGCACGGUAUGCUGAUCUUGUUAAGAAAGCUGACAAAGCUCUAAAAGAGGGAAAAACGUUCGCGUUUCGCCAUCAUUACAAUGUGAUUCGGAAUACAUUUCUGAAGCGAGGUUGGGUGGAAUUAUCACUAAGGCAUUUGAAACUUCACCCUUCGGGCAAGAGGACUCUCACGUAUGAGAAAGCUUUAGAAACUCUACCGAAAAAGAAGACUGGUGAAAGUCAGGCGAAUUAUUCCAAAAGAUGCGAACGAUUUGUUCUGUCUGCCCUAGUAGAGCACAAACCUGUACGACUAAUUUGGACUUUUAAAAGAAAUAACCUUGACAGAACGUUCCAUCGAUCCAACUCAAGUAUCCUUCUGAACAAACUAAUGAAUGUGCCCUUUGUCACGAAGAGUGGAAUCCUUCGUCAACUUGAAAGCGUGAAUUGGGUCUGGGAGGAUGGCAUAGCCGAGGUAUAUUUUCCGAGAAGCUAUAUCGCUUCAUCCCAAGUGGAAAUGAAUGCAUUCGACAAAAAUUUUAAAAACACGGCGUGUAUUAGCUUCCUUAGAUAUUGCGUUGAGAGAACCAAGGAGUCUGGUUGGCCAGUCGUAUUUCAGCAGAAAGCAACCUCCCAGAUUCCCUUCCAAACUUUUGAAUUCGCCUUACGACAUUGUUAUCAUCUACUCAACGAUUUUCAUAAUAACGACAUUGACUUUAAAAGUCAAAUCCUGCCCACCGAACAAGACUGGCAAAACCUACUCAACUGUCACAUCCUGCUAACUAGAAACGAAGCAAAAAUAGCCUUGGGUGACCGAGACAUUGAGCCCCUUCUAAGAAAUGCCAUGAUACUUCUCGAUAGUAUUAAAACUCAUUGGCCCCAGUAUGAACUAGAUGGCUACUACAAUACAUGGAUAGUAAAACCUAGCUUUCAAAACUGUGGAAGAGGGCUAGUCAUUACAAACAACUUAAAAGAUAUCCAGCAAUUGGUCUCCACUCCGAAAACGCAUUACAUUAUCCAGAAGUAUAUUGAACGCCCCCUCCUCAUACACAACACUAAGUUCGAUAUCCGUCAAUGGUUCUUGGUGACCGGUGUGAAGCCCUUGGUAAUUUGGAUGUAUAAGGAAAACUACCUGCGCUUCAGUUCGCAGAUUUUCAGUUUGUUAAACCUCCACGAAUCAGUCCAUCUCACCAAUCAUUGCAUCCAACGAAAGUAUCCAAUUAAUGAAAAACGCGAUGAUAGACUUCCCAAGAAGAAUAUGUGGGACAGUUACACAUUUCAGGCAUACCUUAGACAGCUGGGCAAACCUGAAGUGUAUCUUGACCGUAUCUAUCCAGGAAUAAAAAGAGCCAUUAUUGCCACUUUGCUAGCCUCACAAAGAAAUAUGUCGAACUCCACCAACCUGUUCGAACUAUUUGGUGCCGAUUUCGUAGUUACAGAAGAUUUCUACCCAUGGUUACUCGAGAUCAACUCUUGCCCGGAUUUAGCACGAACGACGAAUGUAACGUCUCGAAUGGUACCACGAGUAAUUGAAGAUAUAAUGAAGGUUGUUAUUGAUUACCCAACAAAUCCAAACUGUUCGGUUGGGAAUUUCGAGUUGAUUUACCAACAAAGUUGUCUUCCUGCGCGUGUCAAUAAAAAAACAGAGUUGCAGGUUAAAGGUGAAGAGUUUCCAGCAGGAGGUGGCAAGUCUCGACUAACCUCGAUGAAGAAUAACCUCCUGGAAAAGGGAAAAGUAUUUCCCACAUUUGAAGCUAUACGACGUGAAAUGUACAAUCAUUUGAGCAGUAUAUCCGGAGCUUGUUCAAUUUUUCCUGGUGCCAAAUCCAAGCAAAGCAAAGAAAAUUUUACUGGAAUGACAAAAGCUACAACAGGAAAAGUUGCUGAUAUAACCAGGAUGGUACGACUUGCAGAGAGAUCUCCAGCCUAAUAUUAGGAAUCAAGUUCUAUGUCAAUCUAUUUUCAGUGUAUGGACCUCCUUUGCUUCUCCUUAGUUGUUAAAAAAUGAUAAAUUGUAUAAAUGAGCAUGAAAAUGUUUUGCACGGAUCCGUUUCAAUCCUUCCAA